AUGUCAUGGUCCCAGACUCACAUGAGCUUUGUCGCUAACGAUGUAUGUAUUAGGAUCGUGUGUUCUAUCUGCAAGCAGCUCCAUUCGCAAGGCGACUACUCCGAUCCCCAGCUGGCUUCCCUCAUCGACAAAAUCGAUCGAGUUGGUCUCUCUGCGCUCGUGAACCAGUCAAGUGCCAAGUGUAAUGGAUGCUGCGGCUCACCGAACCUCGAGUACAAAUGUCGUUUCUGCCGCUGUUGGAAGGCGAUCGAAUGCUUUGCGCGCAAUCAACGUCCUCUCGCCGAACCAGCCUGCAAGGACUGCCAGGACGGCGUCCAGGGAUCGGCUCAGCCUUGGCGCAGCAAAGAACAGAAGAUGAUUGAGGAUGCAGCCCGAGCCAAACAGGAGCAGGAGCUAUCUCAACGGCUGGGUGAGCUCGCAGCCAACCCGCUACAGCUCGCCGUUGUCCCGCGUGCUCUACAAUGGGAGGAUCCCUCCGAUGUGAAGGACUGGAGCGAGCUUGUCGACCUUCACGGGCUCCUUAAAUCGGGAGUUCCCCAAGAAAAAGAGAAGAGUAUGAUCAGACGAGUCAGGCUGCUUGCUCAACGCCUCCGCCGCAAUCAGGCAACAAGAGAAGAGCAGCGUCUUGAAGUGGCCCGCACUAAAGUCGAUGUUGAAGAUGAAGAAAAGCCUGCCUUCCGCAAAAUUCAGGUCAGUAUAUGUGAUGAGUGA